AUGGUCCAGUUUGGGGUCUCUCCUCUUCUUCAUACAGGCAUCUCAUCUCUCAUUGAUCCUGCCGCUGAAUCAACCUGUUCAACGAUCACAAGAGGCAGAAGUGGACAUUCUUUGGGUAGCACCAGCACUGGUACCUUGGGGCGGGUCACAGGCCUCAUCAACUCAACUCGAUCGCCGUUACUCGACCGUUGGCUCACAAGCCAGGAUGAACGGCUCAUGGCCUGGUGCCAGGCUCUGGCAGGGAGGUAG